AUGAGCACUUAUACCGGAAACCAAAAAUACUUUUAUAUCCAUAGACCAGCUUUACCUGUAACAGCAGUCAAGUGCACAUUUUUUCGCAAGCACAAACUCACAUAUAUAAAAACCAUGUCUUCACAAGCUUCUUCAUCCGCUUCACCCGCCUUAAUAACGGAAGAAAUUUCCACUAGAACAAUGUCGGAUGUGGUUAAGGAUUUUAAUACAGAGGAGCUUAUCGAUUAUUUGGGGAGGAAAAACUUAAAACUUAAUAAAGAUGAUAUUAAAAUUCUUCAUAAAGAGAAAAUUUCUGGUCUUGCCUUCCUUGAGUUGACGGAAGAAAAAUUUCGCAGUAUUGGGUUAGCAUUAGAAUCAGCAACAACACUUGCAAAAUUUAUCGAAGGUUUUGGCCAAAAAAUAAGAAACUAUUUUUCACUUAAAUCUCUCGAUGACUUGAAGGAAAUGUUACGUAGAAAUAAGGUCAAUGGGAAAGAUAUAUUAAACAUUAAUCAGUUUACCCCUAGUAGGUAA